GAUAUCUGUCUUUAUAGAAUUCCCCGUGAACAGGUAGGCUAUAAUUCAUCAUCAUGUGGUAGGGAAUAGGCCCCCCGUUUCUGAGAACAGUUUGUAUCUGGGCUUGAUAUAUUAUUGCAAAGCACACUUCCUUUUACAGAAGUUUAAAAAAAAACGUGAACAACAGAGAACAUUUUAACAUUUUACUAGAAAUCUCCUGAGGCAUGGAUUGAAUCAUUUGAGUAAAGAUACAAAAAUGAAUGAUUUUGAUUCAAGAAAACCUUUUACCUAUCGUCAAAAUUUCAAUUUCCCCGAAAUUAUUGUGUUUUUAAGGUAAAUGGAAACACCAUGCUUUUAUCUUGAAGGGCAUAACCAUUAAUAUUAGUUCUAGCUUGUCGCAGCAACGCGGCUGCACAGGUCGCUCUGAUUGGCUGUGCUGACUUUAACGUCAUUGGGUUCCCCCUCGUCGUGUUCGCUUUUGUUUGCGCAUGCGCUCUUCUGUCUCCAAGACCACAGUCUUCAGCAAAAAGCGACGCACUAUACACCCCUUUCUGCUGUCAGCGCGGGACCUUUCAUGUACGUACAGCUGUCUAUGUCGUUGUCUUAUGAAAUAUACAUUUACACAUCCGAAAGGUAUUGUUUUCCGACUUUUAAACCGCAUUUCUCAUUGGAUUUCUGCCUUCUUGAAUGUUCCUGGGGUCGAAGCGGAGGGUUAUUACCCUCUGGUCGUGAUGUUUUCUGCCUUUAUGGAUGAAUUAACGGUGUUUUGAUGUGUCUAUGGCUUUACUUGUAGAUACACCUUCUCGACUGCCGUGGGGUAUCCCUGUUUUCCUGUAAAGCUAGGGAUUAACAUUGCAGGAAACGUCAGCCUUUGCUGUGUUUAUUCAGUGCUGCUUCCUAUCUCAGCUGUCAAGUGAGCCCAGCUUCAACUCAUUGGUCAGCAUUUGUGCUACAUUAUAAGCUAAGGUGUGCACUGUGAGAGCCAAAGCACCUGUUUCUUGCUUGUGUUUUAACUGUCUGUAUCUCAAUUCAACCUCAACUAAUUCCGGUUUCCUCCAAGAAGACAGCGUAAACCUAACUUCACUCUCCAAGAUGCACUGGGCUUGUGAGUUCACUUGAUGUCAGCAUCCUCGGGGGAUGGGAGGGUCUGCAAAGUCAAACAGUGUCUAUGACCUCAGCUGAAACCUCCAGCUAUCCCACUCAUCAUUUCUAACAUGGAGGGUGUGGCAGUGGACAACCUCAUAGACUUCGACCUGCCCUCAGGGGCCUCAACGCUGAGUGUAGACGGAGGUCAACAACAAGGCCACACAGACAUUUUCUCCCCAGAGCCCAGGUCAUCCACAGGACUUCAUCAGCAGCCUUUACUGCCAGAGCCCAUGGCACCCACCAAGCAUGGCUCUCACCCCCACCACCACCACCACCACCAAGAGGAGGGAGACAAUGACAGCGAUGCAACAGAGUCCGCAGACAGUGAGAAUGACAUGGACCCGCCCUCUGACGCGUGGGAGCUGAGGAGGUCGUCAUCUUCGUCGGCGCACAGCGGAGAAGACGCUGACGCCGACACAGUGGAGAGGAGGAAGUUCAUGAAGGCUUAUGUGGAGAAGGUGUUUCAUGGAAAGGAGGACUUUGACCAGGAAGAGCAGGCUCGCUUUGGAGAGCUGUGCAGCGGAGAGAACGGCAAAGGUCGGGAGUGGUUUGCCAAAUACGUCAGUGCACAGCGCUGCCACUCCAAAUGUGUGAGUGAAGCCACCUUCUACAGACUGGUGCAGUCGUUUGCAGUCAUGCUGUUUGAAUGUUACCAGAUGGAUGAUUACAGCCCCGCCAAAAACCUCAUGACUAUGUGCUUCACAUACUUCUACAUCGGGAAAUCUCAGCCUUCCCCCUCUGAGCUGCUGGAUCGGGGUCCUCCAGUUAGUCUGGAUUCAUACCUCAACAAGGCCAACUCCUGGCUGUCUGUGAAGAAAGGUGCAGCCGAGCGCCUCCUUAAAAACACGUCAAAGUCAGAUGUCAAAGGUUUCUUUGGAGGCCUGGAAAACAAGCUGAGGAGCUCGGUGGCUACAAAGACUGAGGAAAGUGAAGGAACAGUUGAGACGAAGCCCAGAUCACCAGUGUCAGAUGCUCCAGAGGAAAAGAAAAGUGAAAAGGUGUACCUUUACACUCACCUGAAGCAGCAGCCCAUAUGGCAUACAUUACGAUUUUGGAACGCAGCUUUUUUUGAUGCUGUCCAUUGUGAGAGGACGAAAAGAUCACCAACUACUAGGGGAACGCAGGAUGAAGAGAAGUCUGAGAGGGAGAGGUGGUGUCAUAUGACCCAGGAGGAGAGGGACGACAGCUCCAAAAUCGAUGAGAACAUCGCCUUCGGCCAACUCGGGACAUUCACUCACAACAUGCUGGCGUUUGGGCUCAGUAAGAAACUCUGCAAUGACUUCCUGAAGAAGCAGGCUGUCAUCGGCAACCUCAAUGAAGAACAGUACAAGCUGCUGACCGACCACAUUGAGAAGAUGGCGGCAGAAUGAGUUUGAGGAGGACAGGCAGCAUUUCAAAGACUGACAGUGUACACACACACACACACACACACACACACACACACACACACACACACACACACACACACACACACACAAACACACAUAAACACACACACAUAAACACACCAGCAGUUUGUUUUCACCUGAGCAUCACAUUAACCAACAGUCUGUCUCACUGUUGUUGCAUUUGUGCGCUGUACUGCUAAGAAUCAAAGUGGCAAACAUUUACAUACUGAACUGUAUCAUAUUGUAGCAAACCCUGCCUGGUAGUGGUCCUCUGCAUUCGUCCUGUUUUAGCAAUAAUACGUCGUCUUUAGCUGGUGCGUACUUUAAUAUCUGUAACACUGCUGACACUGAGCAUCUUCACAGAGACAAGAAGAGCACAAAGGGAAACCAUCAAGAAUAAACCUAAACAGCCCCAGUGUGGAGUCAGACUCUCUGGAUGUGUGUACAUUACAUAUAUCUAUAUAUAUAUAUAUAUCUGUGCUGUUUUAAACUGUGUGGUCCUUGGUAAUUAUAUUUAUUACAGGUAACACACCUAACAGCUUCUAAUUUAAAUAGUGUGCUGAGUAUCUAUUGUCCUCCCUUGUUAUAUUUUUUUUAAAUAAUUGUGUACGUACAGUUCAACCUUAAGUGGCAAUGUUGACUCAAAUAUUAGUUGUUGUCGGAUCAGAAUAAAUAAGACAGUUAAUUGAAUUACUUAAUACUCUA